AUGGCGGGUGCGGGUGCGGGUGCGGGUUACUCGACUGCUGCUGGUGCUUCUGAGGAGCAGGAGCAGGCGCAGGCGCAGAUCUCGCUGGGUGAGGAUGCGGAGCAGGUUCGGGGGGGUUUGGAAGAGUUGCGUGAGCAGGGGUGGGUGUUGGAUGGGGAUGGGACGGGGAUCCAGAAGACGUUUUAUUUUCGGACUUAUUUCAAGGCUGUGAGCUUUGUGAAUGUGGUUGCGUCGCAGAGCGCGAUCAAGAAGCAUCAUCCUACCAUGACUGUUGGACUCUCAUCUAAGGAUAUUGCUAUGGCGCAACAUUGUGAGGAGGGCGCGCUGUUGAUGGGGGCUGUUCAUGAGGCACAGGGGAAGAAGUGUACGCCGCCUUCUGUGCCCUUGAUGGGAGGUCCUUCGGGUAAGAGUGCGUAG